CAUAAUAUUUUAGGACCCCAAAACUCAAAAAUUCUCCAUGGCAGGCACUAGUGAUGAAGCAAAUAUCAUAUAUGAAGAGGAAUAUGUAUUGAAUUCUCGAGGAAUGAAGCUUUUUGCAAGCAGAUGGUUACCGGCGAAUGGGAAUCCAAAAGCGAUCAUCUUCAUGUGCCAUGGCUAUGCCAUGGAAUGCAGCAUCACUAUGAACAGCACAGGAAGAAAGCUUGCAAAAGCAGGAUAUGGAGUGUAUGGUGUGGAUUAUGAAGGGCAUGGAAAAUCAGAUGGGCGUCAGGGUCUUGUUCUUGAUUUCAAUUCUCUCAUCAAUGACUGCUCCCAUUAUUUCACCACAAUUUCUGAAAAGAAAGAAAACAAAAAGAAGAUGAGGUUCUUGUUAGGGGAAUCCAUGGGAGGAGCUGUGGCCCUGCUUUUGCACUGGAAAAAGCCAGAUUACUGGGAUGGUGCCAUUUUGGUUGCACCCAUGUGCAAGAUUGCAGAUGAUUUGAGACCAAACGCAAUGGUGGUGGGUGUAUUGAGUGCACUGAGCAGAGUGAUUCCAUCAUGGAGACUAAUCCCAACCCAAGAUAUCAUUGAUGUCGCCUUCAAGGAACCCCAUGUUAGGCAACAGAUUAGAGCUAAUGAAUACUGCUACAAAGGGAAGCCUCGGCUGAGAACUGGCUACGAACUUCUAAGAGUUAGUACAGAAAUAGAGCAAAAACUAAACGAGGUGUCACUACCAUUUCUGGUGCUGCAUGGUGAGGAGGACCAAGUAACGGACAAGGCAGUUAGCAAGCAACUGUAUGAAGUGGCUUCGAGUACAGACAAGACAAUAAAACUGUACCCUGGAAUGUGGCACGGUCUCUUGUACGGAGAGCCACCGGAGAAUUUGAACAUUGUGUUUUCCGACAUCAUCGGUUGGUUAGACCACAAAACUCAAUAUGGCAACACAAGGAUAGAGAGGGAGCUCAAACAACAACAUGAGGAUCAUCUAAAACCUUAAAUGUACAAAGCCUUUAUUUAUUAUUAGGAUUUAGGAUUCUCAAAACAAAACAUUACUGUUAGUAUAUACUGAAUUAAUUUAUAAUUUAUAAUAAUGAACUUCUCUAGUUCAACUAUAUAUCAUGCAUUAAUUAGUUUAACGCCAAACAGAGCAUAGUAGUUCUACUCGUUCGUUCAUGAUUCACCUUAUCUAAAGGCUAAGUCAAAGCAAAGAUCCAAUUAGAAGAGUAGCAAAGUUGUUUAA